AAGAGGUGAAGAAAAGAUGUUACUCAGAGCUAAAACUUUUUCAGAAAGGUUUAGAAGACUACUUUAUCUUAGCACACCUAAUGAAACUUCUUUUGAGAAAAUUGAAGACGUGCCAGCAUACGUUAAUGAGGCCUUUCCAUACUUUAUUAGCCUGAUAAUCCUAGAAACUGUUGCUCGACAUCUACAAGGAAAGUCCUUUCCACGUUUGAAUGAUGCCUUUAGUUCUCUCAGUGCUGGAGUCUUGUCAUUGCUGCAUGGAUUGCUGUUUCGUUCGUUUGAGUUGGUUUGUUACAUGUGGGUGUUUGAACACUUCAAUGUGAUCACUCUCCCCUGGCAGUCACCGUGGACGUGGUUAGCAGCAUUUGUUGGUGUCGACUUCACCUACUACUGGCUUCACAGAUGUGGACACGAGGUUAAUAUCACAUGGAGUGGACAUCAGGCACACCACAGUUCAGAGGAAUACAACCUGACCACAGCUCUGCGACAGUCGGUCAUUCUCAGAUACCUAACAUGGAUGUUUUAUCUUCCAAUGGCAUUGUUCAUCCCUCCUUCAAUUUUCCUCGUCCACAACCAGUUUAACUUGCUCUACCAGUUUUGGAUUCACACUGAGGUGAUUGGAACCCUCGGCCCCCUAGAAUACUUGAUAAACACACCGAGCCACCACAGAGUACAUCACGGUAGGAACCCGUACUGCAUCGACAAGAACUAUGGAGGAACUCUCAUAAUAUGGGACAGGCUGUUCGGAACGUUUGAAAAGGAGCGUGAAAGUGAACAGGUUAUCUAUGGCCUUGUGCACCCUUUAACAUCAUGGGAACCAAUAUAUGUUCAGCUUUGCCAGCUAAUUCAUAUUGUGAAGACAACUAGCAGUUUGGAUGGGGUUAAAAACAAAAUGUCUGCCUUUCUUAAAGGACCAGGCUGGCUUCCUGGUAAACCAAGGCUUGGGAACAAAGAAGAUAUUCCUGCAAUUUCCUAUCCAGUUAGAAAAUAUGACAGUAAUCUCCCCUGGUGGGCUAAGCUGUAUGUGUGGAUUAAUUUUACAUCUAUAGCCGUCGGCUAUUUGAUCAUAGCCAGCUAUCAGCAGACUCUGCCUGUUUCCAACUUAGUGUUGUAUAUCGUAUUUACAGUGGUGUCACUUUCUACAUUUGGUUUGCUUUAUGAUCAGCGAGAGUGGGCCUCAGUAGUGGAAAUGUGCAGGUGUUGUUGUGUCAUGGCUACAAUGUACUUCCUGGGUCUCACACAAUACUUCACUGUUCAUCUCACUGCAUCCAUUUACACAGUUCAUGUGUUGUCCAUGCUAUUGUGGGCAUACAUAUCAGCUCUGAAGUUGAUCAACGUAACGAGGAAGACUAAAUAGCAGGACUGAGUGUAAUAAUAAUAUAUUUUAUAAAAAUAUUAAUAAAACAUCAUUUUUAAUAAUAAUUAAUAAAAAAUAUUAAUAGUUUAAUAAAAUGUUAUUCUUAAGAAUAAUUUAUAAAAAUAUUAAUAUACAUGCAUUAAUACAAUAAUAGAAUGAAACGUGUUAAACAACUACUUGAGGUUUUUUUUGUAGACAGGUGGCUGUUAACUGCAGGUUGUUUUAUUCUGCUAUAUAUGAUUUGAGACCAGUAAGCUAACCUCUUAUGAAAAGAUGUGGUGGGUAUUUUCCUUUCUCUUCUUUGAAUUCACAUUUCCUCUCAAUAUAGUGGCUCCUAUCUUUCAACUUUUUACAUUGUCCACCUCUACAUCAAGUCAUCUCUCCAGCCGCAUAAGGUGCUUGUUUCUUGUGGUCAUUCGCACCACACAUCUGCCAUUUCCCAUUAGCUGUAGCUGUGGGCUUAUUUUGACCACUGCUGCAUCAGGUUUGACCGAUAUGUUUUUCUGUACAUUAUGUAUUUUCUUCUUAUGCAUUUACCACUUAAUCACUUCAAGGAACAAUUUCUUUCUUUGCUUUUACUAAUUAUGCAAGCCAUCCUGUUGUUACAUAAUUACACACAUGCAUGCACGCACACACAGACACACAGACACACAGACAGACACACACACACACACACACACACACACAAAAUGAAGGUACCAUUACACAAUCCUCAAAACUGAAUUAGAACCAUCUGGCUGUCUACUGGUUAUGAUAGACUGCAUCUAGAAUUGUCCAUUGGACAAAAAGGCAUGCCUGUUUCACAUUUGAUUUUUCACAAACUUUGGAAAUAGCUUAUUUUGAUUACUAACAUUAAAGGCUAUGUGUGUGUCGCUAAUUGUUCUAAACAAUUUCCUGCCCCACAGUUCACUGAAAAGAGGAGAUAUAGGUUAUAGAACAUCACAAAUGAGCUGUUUACAUCUUCAAAUAUGUGUUUCUGUCUUCCCAACUGUUAACAUGAUACAUCAGGCCUUGACCGUAACUUUUCUCAGUGUUAGCCCACUGGGCUACCAGGUUAUAAAAUCUGGUAGCCCUCAGAAAAAAUUGGUAGCCCCAUAAUUUUAAUAAAGAAAAAAAAAGAAAAAAAAGAAAAAGAGACAUAAAAGCAAAACCAUUUAUUUUUACUUAAACAUGUUGUAGGGUGGGGUUUUUUUAACAUACGCCAAUAAGGACAACAUCAAUUUUUUUCAAACAAAGUUUUAUAUCGGAGAAAGGAUACUCAAAACUCGGGAUUGUAAUGGAAAACGAAAACAUGCAAAAACUGGACUUGAAUUUAAAACAUACUAAUAUUAAUGAACAAGUUCAAUUAAUAUACUGAUGAUGAGCAAUAUACUGUGAAAUAUACACUUAUGAAAACUACAUUUAUAGCACUUUACAUUAAUGAACAAAAAUUAUUGUGUGUUUCGAAUCAUUUGUUUUAUUCAGCUUAGUUAGAGUUUCAGCUGCUUUUGUAGUUUCGAGUUUUACUUGCUUUGCCAACUCAGCUGCUACACAUUCUUUUAUUUCACUAAAUCAUAUUGGAUAAUGGCCACCUGUGGGUCAGACAAAGAUUAUCAUGAACGGACUGGAAAGCAUCUUCCAGGUUUGGGCUUUUAGAGUGAAAAUAUUGCUUAUUUUUAAAACUGUCUUGUGGAGUUUGUCCAAAACAAUGCUAGGAUAAUGUUGAUUUACCAUAUUCUGAUAACAACAAUGUAUCUUUCAGUUCUUUAUUGAUUUCACCACAGUUAGUAUUAUUUGUGAUCAGGAGUGUUUCCAUGUUUCUCAAAAUUAAGCAUGAACAUUGAAUGUCAUACAAGAUUACUGUAUACUUGUGUUGGCAACCUUGACACACUUUAUACUGUGUUUAUACAUGUUGUUUGUCUUUCACCAUUGUUUCACCCAUUAGAUGUGCAUUUAUCAGUAUUGUUGGUGGGCCCUUGGGCUAUUUCUCAUUCCAGCCAGUGCACCACGACUGGUAUAUCAAUGGUUGUGGUAUGUGCUGUCCUGUCUGUGGGAUGGUGCAUAUAAACGAUCCCUUGCUACUAAUGGAAAAACG